AUGAAUAAACAAAUAUUAAUCACCAGUAUCUUGGGCAUCUGUGCAUACAGGAAAGGACUAUAUCGUCAUGAAGUGGCUAUAGCGCACCUAGUGUUUUCUAUCAUCAGUGCACUUGCCUCUAUUGGUGGACUGGUCAUGACGAUCAUAUCAUUGGUUGGGAUGACUGCUACAAUCGUCCAUCAAUUUCAAAAUGGCCUAAGUAUUGGUCAGGCUGCUCAAGCAGUCACAGCCAUAGCUUAUGCUGGUACUGCCUUGGCUACUGCAGUUUACAUUUUCUUCUUUUACUAUUGCAUACAUGGUGCGGUUAUCUUUUGCAAGGUGCCAAGGAAAUUGUUAAACAAUAGAUACACCAACCUUUCAACCAUGCCGGUACCUUUGCAAGAAGAUGCUGUAGCAGCAACUGGAUACGUCAGAAAUCCAGCGCAAGUGCCUUCUGUCAAUUAUAAUUAG